CACAGAUCGAGGAAAAUGCGAGCAAAGCAGCAACUAAGAAAUCUUUGGAUUUGCUAUUGCUAAGAAAAUGCUGCGAACAAAUAAUUGCACGAAGAAAUUUCUGCUCAAAGCAGUUAUUUUGCGGGGAACGUUUUCGAGAGUCGAGGUCAUUCGCGUUCUCUUUCACUUGCAACCUUUCAUCUGCGUCUGCGGUACAUAAAAUAAGCGUAAGAUACGCCGGCGCGUCAGACGGUAAGUGAGAAAAUUCGUUUUGUAUUUUCAACACGAUCUUAUAUCUGCAUAAGAUCACAUGAAUUCCACGAAAACAAACAACGUGACGCGUUGAAUCGUAUCGGUUGAAUCUCUUCAAGGCGAGUUGUUUUUUUUCAUCGACGAUACGGAGAACAUAGAAGAUAAGGGACAAACAAACAAAGAAGUUCUGUCCGAUGAGCAGGUUAUCUGCCGUUGUCAGUGCGGAAGAGAUGAAUUUUUUUGUCAGCGACAACAGCCACGAUCGGCAACGGCUCAUUGUACGUCAUGGUGGCAAGAAAAAGGAGGAUUAUACGUGCAGAGAAGGCCGGCCAGGCGGGAGGGGUCGAUAAGAGAAAUCAAACCGGGCGUGCUACGUGGAAUCGUGAAAGUGAAGGUACGCGGCUGCCGCUACCUGCGGGAUAGGCCCGAUGAAAACCUGUUGGUCGCCGCUAAUCCCCGCCGAUCUCUCACCAGUCUUGUGACGUGGAUCGCCGUAUCGAGAAAUUUGUCGAGAAACAGACACGGUGAUAAACACACGGCGAGUGAUAAAGAGAGAUACGUUGUUUCCUGUUGUUUUGUACACAGUUCGUCAAGUCAACAAGUGUCAAAACACACACAGACAGUUUUAAAUAAUGGAGCAUCUGAAAAAGAAACUGAGCAAAUCCAAUCAGGAACAUCUGCUCAGAUUUUGGGAAGAACUGACGGACGAGGACAGGAACCAGCUGGAAAAUGAUAUAAACGAAUUGAAUCUGCAAGAAACAACAACUUACUUCAAGAAAGCUAUGGAAUCCUCUCAACGCGUUGGUCAGAACGUGCUUGAUGACAAAGUGCAAGCAAUAGACGACAGAAAAAUUGCAUCUGUCAAAACAUCAACGAAAGAAGAAUUGAAGAAAUAUCAAGCAUUGGGUUUGAAAGAAGUUGCUGAGGGUCGUGUGGCUGUGGUAUUGUUGUCAGGUGGUCAAGGCACACGUUUGGGUGUGAACUAUCCUAAAGGAAUGUAUGACGUUGGCUUGCCAUCGCGCAAAACGCUCUUUCAAUUGCAGGUGGAAAGAAUACUUUGUUUGCAGAAUAUGGCGAAGCAACGAUACGGAAAAUACGGAGAGAUAACUUGGUACAUUCUUACCAGUGAGGCAACUCACGAAGCAACUGUCACAUAUCUGAGCGAACACAAAUACUUUGGUUUAAAAGAAAGCAAUGUCAAAGCUUUCAAACAAAGUAUGCUGCCGUGCUUUACGUUGGACGGAAAAAUUAUUCUGGACAAGAAGCAUCGCGUUUCCAAAGCGCCUGAUGGCAAUGGCGGAUUGUAUCGCGCAUUGAAAAAUCAAGGAAUACUGAAAGAUAUGGAGCAGCGCGGCAUUCGAAGCGUUCACGCACAUUCCGUGGACAACAUAUUGAUAAAAGUAGCGGAUCCGAUAUUUAUAGGAUAUUGCUUGCAUUCUGAAGCGGACUGCGGGGUUAAAGUUAUCGAGAAAUCUUCUCCAACCGAGGCAGUCGGCGUAGUUUGCAAGGUGGAUGAUCAUUACCAAGUGGUCGAAUAUAGCGAGAUCUCGAAGUCGACUUCGGAACUUCGUCAUGCCGACGGGCAACUGGUGUACAACGCCGCUAACAUAUGCAAUCAUUACUUCACAAUUGAUUUUCUGAAAAAUAUUGCAGAUUUUCACGAAGAUGAUUUGAUCUUGCAUGUGGCAAGAAAAAAGAUUCCGUAUGUUAACGAUAAGGGAGAGAGGAUUUCGGCUCCAAAAAGUCCGAAUGGCAUCAAAAUAGAAAAAUUCGUAUUCGACGUGUUUCCCUUCGCCAAGAAUUUCACUGUGUGGCAGGGAACUCGUGAGGAGGAGUUCAGUCCGUUGAAAAAUUCCGAUCCCGUUGGUCAGGAUUGUCCGUGCACCGCUCGCCGCGAUCUGCUAAAUUUGCAUAAGAAAUGGCUGCUCGACGCGGGCGCAAAAAACGUCAGCGGCGACGUUGAGAUCUGUCCUUUGCUUUCGUACGCGGGAGAGAAUCUUGAUCAGCUUGCGAAUAACCAGUCUUUUGUAGGACCACAAAUCCUCGAGUAAAAAAUAAUGACAAAAAUUUCACCAGACUACGAUAGCCACGAUAUCUCGGACGAUAUAGAAACGCAAAGUAACGUUUACAUUUCUGUGAUUAAAUAAAAACUAAACAUAGAUCUUAA